AUGGCAGUACCCAUCGGUGGCCAGUCCCAGCCUGGAUUGGUCGCUUCUAUAAAAUGUCGUCACGUCGAAAGCAGGAACGCUACCAAUACAUAUUUAUUUUCAUUCAUACUUCCCUUAAUCGUUUCGUCUUCGAAUUCCAAAUCUUCGUUACCAGGAUAUCAUAGCUUGCACGAUGGCAAAGAAACUUCUACGAACUUUGUCAAUGAAUGGACGGUGGAAGUGGAAGGUGGUGAAGAGGUUGCUCAGCUGGUGGCCAUGGAGUUAGGAUACGAAUAUGAUGGACCGAUACUUGACUUCCCUAACUUUUAUGCAUUUCGUCCAUAUGAGCGAAGCAUACAGCGACGCACCCCUGUUGAGCACACAUCCAUACUACACAAGGAUAGGAGGAUUCGAUGGGCUGAGCAGCUUUAUAUAAAGAGUCGGUUUAAGCGUUAUCCACUACCCGACCCGGAAAAGAAGUUACAUCGGGUAAAAAGAAUAGAUGAAGGUACUAGGUACUCAGAACUUGAUGCAGGUGACCGUGAUCUGCGUCGACACAAUCGCAUUUUCAACGACGAAUUGUGGAGCUACGAAUGGUAUUUGCAAGACACACGAAAUGAUCCAAGCCUACCUCGACUGGAUUUGAAUGUUUUACCUGUUUACGCAAUGGGAUAUAACGGACAAGGCGUGCGUGUCUCUAUACUUGAUGACGGAGUAGAGCACAAUCAUACCGAUUUACGCGAUAACUACGAUCCAGAGAUAAGUUGGGAUUCUAAUGAUGGAGAUUCCGACCCAUUUCCUAGAUAUGAUGAAAAAAACAGCAACUCACACGGAACAAGAUGUGCUGGGGAGAUAGUUAUGACCGCCAACAAUAAGAAGUGCGGCGUGGGCGUAGCAUGGGGAGCAAAAGUAGGCGGAGUUCGGAUGCUCGAUGGACGAAUAACAGAUCGCAUUGAAGGUGAAGCAAUAGGAUAUGCGUGGGACAAGGUGGAUAUUUACAGUGCUUCAUGGGGACCGAGUGACGAUGGGAAAACUGUAGAAGGCCCAGGCCGCCUUGCUAUUGAGGCUUUCAAACGCGGUAUAGAAAAAGGUCGAAAAGGUAAAGGCACUAUUUUUGUGUGGGCUAAUGGUAACGGCGGUGGUCAUAACGAUAACUGCAACUGUGACGGUUACUCCUCGAGCAUCUACACUAUAUCCAUAGGAAGUGCUUCCCAGCAAGGCCUGUUUCCUUGGUAUGGCGAGAUUUGCUCUUCUACUCUAGCUACUGCAUACUCUUCUGGUGCUUAUAAAGAUCAGAAAAUUGCAACCACUGACACAAAAGACUCAUGUACACUAGGGCACACAGGCACGUCAGCUGCAGCCCCAUUGGCUGCCGGUAUUAUCGCUUUGGCACUACAUGCAAAUCCAAAUUUGACUUGGCGUGAUGUUCAACAUCUUAUUGUAUGGACUUCAGAAUAUGUUCCACUUUCUGAAAACCCUGGUUGGCAAGUUAAUGGUGUUGGGCUACGAUAUGAUAUUCGUUUUGGUUUCGGACUUUUAAAUGCUGGAGCUCUUGUCAGUGCUGCAUUAAAUUGGACAACAGUUCCAAGCAAAGAAAUAUGCCGAAUUAAAGCUUCUUCGUCAAAGGAAAACCAAAUUCUGGUGUUAUCUCCUACAGAAACUGUGGACCUAGCAAUUGACGUAGCCGAUUGUUUAGUCAACUAUAUAGAACACAUCGAACUCAUUAUAAACAUUCAAUAUACUCGGCGUGGUGCAGUUGAAAUCUACCUAGUAUCUCCACAAGGUACAAAAGUUCAAAUUCUUAGUCCUCGACCAAGAGACACAUCAGAUGCUGGCUUCGUUAACUGGCCAUUGAUUUCAGUAUUUACUUGGGGAGAGAAGGCAAAUGGUGUAUGGAAAGUCAUUUUUCAGGACAUGACGAAUGAAUCAAAUUCUGGUGAAGUCGGACCUGUCAGUUUAAUAAUUCACGGUACUUCGGAGAUGCCCAAGCAUAUGGUUAAUGGUUUUAGAAAGUAUAAUAAUGAAUAUCAACAAGAAUUUGUAGAUUACCUUGACAGUGGUGAGCAAUACAACGACUAUGUUGCACCGUUUAUACCAGAACAACAUAGCACUGAAGAGGUUAUUCUUAUAAAUGACAUUGAUACGCUUAAUGAAAUAGAAAAAGAACUAUUGAGAAAUCGUCAUCAACGAGAGGUGUGA